UACGGUAUAUGCUUUAUCCACAACAGAGAGAGAGUCUGCAGAGAGCAGCGGCACCAAAAGCAGCUGAACCAAAUUAUAUGUACGAUAAUACGAGGAAGAAAGAAAGAAAAAUCACCCUACAAUGGAGCAAGGAAAGCAGGGUGUGAUGGCGGUGAAGCUGAUUCCCCAGCAGAACCCAAUAGAGCAGAUACAGGCGCGCUUCAAGGAGUUGGAGACUGGCUUCAAGGCUUGGUUGUCGAAGCAGUCUCUGCCAGUGGAGGUGGCUAUGGUCACCCUCACCAGCUCCGCUCAGGGCGCUGCCAUAGGUGCUCUCAUGGGCACUCUUACCAACGACAAGUCUUCCCCUCUCCCAACUCCUCCUCCCCAGGCCAAUCCCCAAGCCAUGGCCUCUUUCCAGCAAGCCCAGGCUCUAGCUGGGGGUCCAUUGGCACAAGCUCGCAACUUUGCUGUGAUAACAGGUGUCAAUGCCGGCAUAUCCUGUCUCAUGAAGCGACUGCGGGGAAAGGAGGAUGUCCAGUCUAGCAUGGUGGCAGCGUUUGGUUCUGGAGCCAUGUUUUCAUUAGUGAGUGGUAUGGGUGCCCCAAAUCAGCCAGCAAAUGCAAUUACUUCUGGCCUUUUUUUUGCUCUUGUUCAAGGAGGGCUUUUCAAGUUAGGGGAAAAGUUCUCUAAACCACCAGCUGAAGAUGUUUUCUAUGAUAAAACAAGAUCCAUGUUGUAUAAGCUUGGCCUCCAGGAUUACGAGAAGAAUUUCAGAAAAGGCUUGUUGACAGACAGCACAUUGCCUCUGCUCACUGACAGUGCGCUCUGAGACGGGCGAAUCCCUCCUGGACCAAGGCUUCUUAUUCUCGAUCACGUUCAGAGGUCUGGCUCAGGAUACAUUUAUCUUAAUAGUUCCCCUUGAAUUUAUGAAUUCAUCUCACCUUUAAUUAUAUAUUCAACUUCAGGGACCCGGAGGUCAAAGAUAGACAAGGAAAUGUUUGUUGACGUCUGUUGUCAAUCUAGUUUGCUGCCAACUAUUGUUUAACAUUUAUAACAUUUAUACAUUGCAAAAGAUAUGAAGGAGUCUUUUAUCCUUAUGUGACAGAAGAUGACAAUUUUUGUGGUCUAACAUAUUAAAUUUACUUUUGAGUAGUUUUUUGUGCUUUGAAUUGGAUAAAAAAAAAAUACUGUUUAUUAGCUUGAAUGUGGUAUUCUGGGUAAUAUAUACUGAUUAGUAUUUUUUAUA